AUGUCUACUGUCCCUGAAAACUUCAAAGGAUUUGCAUUCAACACCAAGGCCGAGUGGAACAAGCCAAAGUUGGUGUCGUACCAACGUAAGAAGAUCCAGCCCUCUGAUGUCGUCAUCAAGAACAUCUGCUGUGGACUCUGUGGUACUGACAUUCACACCACCCAGGAAAACUGGGCUCCUAUGAAGAGAAAAGACCUAGUUGUUGGCCAUGAGAUCAUUGGCACUGUCAUUGCUGUUGGUGAUGCCGUGAAGUCCAUCAAGAUCGGUGAUAGGGUUGGAAUCGGUGCAGCUGCUUGUGCCUGUUCUUCAUGCUCGAGGUGUUCUGAUGAUAAUGAACAUUACUGUCAGAAGGCUGUCAGUACCUACAAUGCGAUUGACUCUUUCUCUGACAAUUAUGUCACCCAGGGUGGAUACUCGUCGCACUCUAUUGCUGACGAGCAGUUCGUGUUCCCAAUUCCUGAUGAAUUGGACUCGGCUUCUGCUGCUCCAUUAAUGUGCGCUGGUUUGACUGUCUACUCACCAUUGGUCAGAAACAUCGGCCACAAGAAGAACCCUGUUGUUGCCGUUAUUGGAAUUGGAGGCUUGGGUCACUUGGCUCUCCAGUUUGCAAAGGCUUUGGGUGCUGAGGUCUACGCAUUCUCCAGAACCUCCAGCAAGAAGGAAGAGGCUACUUCUUUCGGUGCUUCUAAGUUCAUUGCUACUCAGGAGAAUAAAGAUUGGGACACUGAAUGUUUUGACAAGUUUGACUUGAUCUUGAACUGUGCAUCCAGAGUAGAUGGUUUCGUCUUGGACAAGUACUUAAGUUGUUUGAAAGUGGAUGGAAGAUUUGUGUCAGUUGGUUUGCCUCCUGUUGAGGACACUUUCAAGUUGAAUCCAUUUUCGUUCUUGCUGAACGGAGGCUCUUUCGGUUCAUCGCUUUUGGGUUCCAAAGUGGAGGCUCUUGAGAUGUUGAAAUUGGCUGCCGAGAAGGGUGUCAAGCCAAUGGUGGAGGAAAUUCCAAUUUCUGAGGAAAACUGCGAGAAGGCGUUGACUAGAUGUGAUGCUGGAGAUGUGAGAUACAGAUUUGUCUUCACAGAUUACGACAAGGCAUUUGCUUAA